AACAACAACGCAACGUUAUCGAGUUAAUUUAAAGGUUUUUCACACAACUUAUUUUUUAUUUUAUUUUUUUUUAUUGAUUUGCCACUGAGUUGCGUAUCCUGGGGGAAGAACUCUAUUAAGAAAACAAACAAAAACAAAAAUUCGAAAAAUAAAAAAUUCCAAUAAAAAUUUUUGCAAUUUGCUACCAGAAGAUAAGCUAAAAAAAAUUUUUUUUUAUUCACCAAAACAAUAAGGAUAUUUCUGAUUUAACAGGAGAAAUUCAACAUCCUAUUACUUUUAAAUUCACCACAUCAAAUUUAUUCAAAUUCAUUCACAUAUACAAAAAUUGACUGUAUAUAAAAAUUUACCUACAUAAUAAACUAAAUAUCAUUUUGUUCCACUAUACAUUUUACCUAUAUACAUUCACAUACUCGUAAAUUCUACAAUUUAGGUAUACAAAAAAUUAUUCAAAAUGUCUUCAGAGGAAAUGGAAGGUGAAGUUAGUAUACUUUUAAUAAUAACAGUAGUAAUCGGUUCCAUAUUAAUGUCAUCCCUAUUGGCAUGUUAUAUAUGCGUUUUUCGUCAACUUUGCUGUGCUCCUGAUAUAAAUUCACACCAUCAUCGUAAUGGUACUUACCAGAGUAGUAAAAGAACAUAUAAUUCAUUGAGACGUGAAAGUGUUAAUAUGGGUGAACUAACACAUGUUUCAAGUCAACCAACUGAAACUGAACGUGUUUAACAUAAAGAAAAACA